UUCUCUCGUAAUCGCAAAACAAAAAGUAAACAACACUGCACUUAUAUCAAGUUACAUUUCGAAUGAUUUUUUUUGUUGAUCCAGUAAAACUGAAGAAUACUUGUUAAAGAACAUUGCAUGAAAACCUCUGCUAGGCAAUACACGAUUAAUCGAGGUUUGCAAGCAGCUAAUCAGCGUAUACUUUGAAAAUUCGAUGGUGAAAACUCAGCUCUCUAUUGAUUAAACACAGAAGAAAAAACCGGGACUGCGAAAAAGAUAGCAUUGCAAGAUGUCCAUCGCAAACUCGGAUCUUUUGGGCGAAAUCAAACGGCGGCUAGGAACGUUCGUACUCCAAGGCCAGGAUGUGGAAUAUUUAAAACGAACAAAGAGUAUGAACAAGCUGUUCGAAGUUAAAACUACUGACCAUAUCAUAAACAUAAUUGGUUAUGCUUUGAACGUACCGUUCGCCGAAUCUGGCAUCGCAGAAGAGAAGUUGAGAACAGGUGACGUGUGCCUGAUAACGGCAAAAGAUCGAGAGAGACUUGAAAAAUUAGUAAAUAAAAUGAAAGCAAAACGUUUCGCACUUCUGCCGCUGGCAAUGGUAUAUUCAAGCAAGGGAAAGAGGAUAAUAGAAGAAACCCUCCUUAUCAAGGUGCACGACUCUGCUGGGGCUUUCAGUUUCGUUGAUACCAUCGGAAGAACGUAUUCAAAUUUUGGUCAGUUUCUCUCGGAUAACAAGUUGCGCCAAUCUCAACUAUAUUACCCGAAAAAUGGGCAGAUAUCAUUCGACAAGGACAAUGAAAUUGAACUGGAUCAGUGUAAGGUUGGCACGAAAAACGCGAAUCUCCUGAUCGCUGACAUUGCGAUUGGGGUGAUUGGAUCCGCUGGUGCUAUUGGAGCAAUAUUCGCCACUGGUGGAUUGGCUAUACCGUCGUUGGUCAUAUCAAUCUCAUCCACCGCGUACGGUUUUGGCAGAGGUAUUGAGAAUUUGGUUGAUGCUGGCACGCAUGGACUGUCCUUGGAUCCGUUCGAGUGCGCAGAGGCCCGUAGCCAUUGGUUCAACGUAGCGGCCAACUUGCUUGCAUUUGCUUCGGCAGGAGUGACGCUGGGAUUCAACGUAUCGAGCACGCUGGGAAAGAACGUAGCUAACAUAAGUGAGGUACUGCUGGCGACUAGAGCCUUGAAAUGUGCCUCCGCAGGAGUUAGUGCCGUUUCGAUGAUUGACAAGAUUGUAUAUUCUGUCAACCACUGGAAAACGCUAUCACUCGACGAUAAAAUUCAACUAGCGUGCGCUAUAUGCUUCUGCUUCCGCGAAGUUAUAAGCUUGAUAAACGCCGAGCGGUUGAUCCGAAACAGUCAGUUGGAUGGAAUAUGUCAGUAUUUCCUCCAAUCAAGUGAUGGUGACUUGUCGCACAUAAGACAAACUUUCCUUACGAACGAUAUGACUCUUGCAAUUGGUUUGAGGCUGGUGAGACAAUUCACCGAAAAUAAUAUAAAAGUGUCUACCGACAAGGAGUUCACCACCAUUUUCAUUUUUGGGUACGAGUAUAAAAUGAACUUUGUACUAAGUCUGCCAGAAAAUUGGGUGUCGAAAUUGAUAUUCAUGCUUAAGGGUAUUGCUGUGAGAUUCACUGAUUGCUUCCUUGUUUUACGAACAUUGUUCAGCGAUCGAUCGAUAAUAAACGUCGUCUUUAAGCGUGGCGAUGAAAUGGGAGGCGACAGCAUCAACUACGGCAAUGCAAUUAAUCAGUUGCUAGAAAUUUUUCAACUGUGUCGUGAGAUUUCCAACGACAUAACAAAAUUGACAGAGUCCGGCAUGAUUAUCGGCGCUGGACAUCAUUUUACCUUGGGAUCUGCGUUCAAAAUAUUUGUAACCAUAGCUAAAACACGCGCAAUAUCGUUACUCAACGCUCUUCUAGCGUUGAAUCAACACGAUAGCUCUCGAUUCAAUUAUCUCCGCAGUAUUUAUUCUGACGAGGUUAUAUUCAAAUGGGUAAUUGCCAACUGCAAUGGUAGUUCGGACAUGCUUGGAAAGAUUUGUUGCCUCCUUCGAAUCCAUGAUCUUUCCAUUGACAAAUAUCUUUGCAUAACAGAAUUUCACAUCGGUGAGGAUGCCGUGCAAAUAGAAGGUUUAAUUCGUGUUGAUCAGCAGUUGCUUUAUGAAGCAUCGCAUCCAACAUACCUAAUAGAUCCCCGUUUUCUCCGAUUCUUCAAACGGUUCUCAGAUGUACCAGACACAUACUUGAAGGAUCUUUGGAAAAACACAUGCGUUCAAAUAGAACCGAAGAAUAAAUCUUUUGAGAAGUUGAAUUCUCUCGAAAGAAUUUGUGAGAAAUAUCCUCUUUCGAUUCUGAACGUCAUUUCAUACGCCCAAAAAAUGCAAUGUUCAGAUUUUCUCCAAUUCUAUUAUCAUUCACUGUUCGCCUUCAAAAACAUAGAACGGCUGAUGACACAAAACGAUCUCGACGAAGGCAGCGCUAAUGAUCGAGUUUUUAGUAACAGCCAAUCGCUAGUUUCUCGUUAUAACACGCUCCAAAUCAAGGCAGAGGAACUUGGUCUCGGUGGUUAUUGUUCGGUCGAUAAUCCUCAUUCGACAAAUCGGAACGAAUUGCUUGCGGUUAUCAGAAACCAGGCCGGGAAUGCGGCACUACGGUUUGGUCCUAUUGAGAACGCGGUGCUUCAUUUGGAUGAAUAUCCUAUGCUACAACUCAGAUCCGAAAUUUUGAAAUACAAUCGCUUUGUUGCCUUGAAAAAAUUCCCUCGCGAAGAAGUAAGCGAUGUUGCUGGAAAACGAAUCAUUUUGAUGGCUAGUGACCAUUUGCGAAUUGAAGUUGGAUUAGUUCCUGGUAUGGGUUCUUAUCUUGACGAAAUUAGUUUUAAUGCAAGUGACCGUCCAUAAAGAAAUAAUUACAAUAUCGUAACAGAAGCAAUGUGAAAAUACUGUGCCUUUACAAAUAUAUCAUCUGAACACUUUUA